AUGGUGGAGUGGAAAGAUGAGAUUAUGGAGCUCUUAAGGCUGAACCAACCACCUCCACCAUCCAUGGAACAACCCUCAGUCCAUGGGCAGCCCCCACCCCCUCAACAGAGCCCAGGAGAAUGUAGUGUGGAUCCAGGUAGGAGACCUGGUAAGGAGCCUGCUAGGGAAGGCCAAGUGGAAGUAGAAGAAGUCUCUGAUGAGGAUGAGGGAUUACCAGAGCAUCACUUUGGAUUCCAUGGGAUCCCUGAACCAGUCAGACCAGGAUUGGCUAGAAGGGUGCAUUUUGGAGCAAGGGCAGGCCACCACAACCCAGGGGGUGAACAAGGAAUGAGGUACAAACACGAAUUUCCUGUUUUUGAUUAUGAAAAUCCCAGGUUGUGGGUGAUAAGGUGUGAGAGGUUCUUCAUGUUAGCUAGAAUUCCUAGAGAGGAAAUCUUGCAUAUCCUGUGUGUGAACCUGACUGGGAAGGUGGCAUUGUGGUAUGAAGGAUACCUCAAUGGCCUGAGAGAAGGGUUUCAGUGGCCUUUGUUUGCUAGGGCAGUAUGUAAAAGGUUCUGCCAGAGUGAUGUAGAUGUGAUGGAAGAAUUCUCAACUUUUAAGCAAUGGGGGAAUGUGGUUGAAUUUUCAGAUAAAUUUGAAGAAUAUAAGGGGUUGUUGCUGCAAGUUUAUCCAUUCCUAACUGAUCAAUACUUUCUAGACAGCUUUGUUGUGAGAUUGAAACAGCAACUUAGGUGUUUUGUGAGAACAUCUAAACCAGAAAACUUGGAAGAUGCUAUUUGGGUAGCCAGACAGUUUGAAAAGCGUCUUAAGGUGAGUGAGCCUCAGAAAAAUACAUCCCACUCCAACCUCAAAACCACCUCUACUUUCCAGAAAAAUCAAUCCUAUCCUAAACCUUAUAGCCAAAAAAACCCUGAGCCUAAUAGAUCCCAAUUCCACCAGAGUUCCCUUAAAACCACAGCAUCCAAUACCCCACAGACUUACACCAAAUCAACUGAAGUCAGUAGGUUUAAGAGUCAGCUCAGGGAGCAAAACAAGUGCUUCAAGUGUUUUGAACCCUGGAACCCUGGCCACAAAUGUAAGGGUCCAACCUUCAAUAUAAUUGAAGAAUUUGAGUCUCCAGAGCUUGAAGAGGAGAACAAAGAGGACCAACCUGAAGAAGAGGAGGCAGUGGGGGACUCAGGACAAGAUGAGGCUGAAGUGACCCUAUGUGCAGUGAUUGGAGGGGAAGGAAUGAACACCAUCAAAUUGAUGGGAACCAUCAAUAGGCAAACAGUUGUAAUCUUAGUGGAUUGUGGAAGUACACACAGUUUCUUGGAUCCAAGGAUAUUGAACCAGCUAAAAAUCACUCCUGCAAAAGCUAGUCCCCUUACAGUGACAAUAGCCAAUGGUGAUAAACUUGUAUGUGAUUCAGUGUGUUGUGGGAUUAGGUGGACAGUGAAUGGGGAGGAGUUUGAGAAGGAUUUUAGAUUGCUGAGGCUUGGUGGGUGUGACAUGGUCCUAGGAAUGGACUGGAUUGACACCUAUGCACCAAUCCAAUUGCAUACUAGACCUCCUAGUAUCUCAUUCCAUAAGGAGGGCAAAAAAGUGUUACUGAAAGGCAUGUCAAGAAAGGCUGCUUUGCAACAGGUUUCUAAGAAGGAGUUGAGGAGAUGGCAAAAGGAAGGAGUACAGGGGUUCCUAGUACAUGGCACUUCCUAUAGUGUCCAAGGAAAUAUCAGUGUAAGUCACCACCAAAAACCUGACCCUCACCAGCAAGAACUGACUGCAAUCCUACAGGAGUUCCAUGACCUAUUUGAUGAGCCUAAAACCCUACCCCCACAUAGACCCUUUGACCAUGAAAUUCCCUUAAUUCCAAGCACUAAACCAGUAAACAUCAAGCCCUACAGAUAUUCCUAUUUACAGAAAAACAUCAUAGAAAAAAUGGUGGAAGAAAUGCUGUCAGCAGGCAUCAUCACCCCUAGCACAUCAUCCUUUGCCUCACCUGUGCUUUUGGUGCCCAAAAAGGACAAUUCAUGGAGAUUCUGCAUUGAUUACAGAGCUUUGAAUGAAAUCACCAUCAAGAACAAGUUUCCAAUCCCUCUAGUUGAAGACUUAUUCUCAGAAUUAGCCAGUGCCAAGGUAUUUACUAAGCUGGAUUUGAGGAGUGGAUAUCAUCAAGUGAGAAUGAAGAAAGGUGAGGAACAUAAAACAGCCUUCAAGACACACCAAGGCCUGUAUGAGUUCAUAGUGAUGCCCUUUGGGCUCACCAAUGCCCCUGCAACAUUUCAGGCUCUUAUGAACUUUGUGUUUAAGUCUCUAAUCAGGAAGUCAGUCUUAGUCUUUUUUGAUGACAUAUUGGUGUACAGUUCAUCCUUUGAGGAUCAUUGGAGGGACCUGAGAGAGGUGCUGGGAAUUAUGAAGGACCAUCAACUGCUAGCAAAGAUGAGCAAAUGUACCUUUGCUACAUCAGAAGUGGAGUACUUAGGCCACAUAAUCUCAGAACAUGGGUUGAAAACUGACCCUGCUAAGCUAACUGCUGUGGCAGCCUGGCCUAAGCCAACUAGUGUCAAGGGUUUGAGAGGGUUCCUAGGCCUUACUGGGUACUACAGAAGGUUCAUCAAAGCUUAUGGGACCAUAAGUAGGCCCCUUACCAACAUGUUGAAAAAAGAUGCCUUCCAAUGGAGCAAUGAAUCAGAGGUGGCUUUUGAAGAACUGAAGAAAGCUUUGUGUACUGCCCCAGUGUUAACACUACCUGACUUCAAUAAAGAGUUUGUAGUGGAGGCUGAUGCUUGUUACAAGGGGAUGGGGGCAGUUUUGAUGCAAGGAGGGAAGCCAGUGGCAUACUUCAGUAAGGGAUUUGGAAACAAGCACUUGGGAUUAUCAAUAUAUGAGAAGGAAUAUCUAUCCAUCAUAAAUGCAGUUGACAAGUGGAGACCUUAUUUGAUUGGGGGGCAUUUUAUAAUCAGAACUGACCAUCAGAGUUUGAAGUUCCUAUUAGAGCAAAAGAUCACCACAACUAUGCAACAGAAGGGCUUAACCAAGUUACUAGGCUUGAGUUAUACUAUUCAGUACAAGAAGGGUGUGGAUAAUUGUGUGGCUGAUGCUUUGUCCAGGAGAGAUAACCAAGAACAAGCUGAACUCUUAGCUGUGUCAACAGUGAGACCUAUGUGGAUAGAAGAAAUCUUGAAAAGUUAUGAGAAGGAUGAGCUGGCUUCCAAAUUACUGCCUAUGAAUCUGAUUGCCCCUAAUCAGGAUUCAUUGUAUACAGUAAUAGAGGGCCUAAUUAAGUAUAAAGGGAGAUUGUACAUUGGAAGUAAUGGAGAAUUAAGGAGUAAACUUAUAGCUCAAAUGCACCAUUCACCUAUUGGAGGACAUUCUGGACAGUAA